CAGUCGGAUGGGAACGGUGUUGCAAUUCGUGUUUAUAUUAUUUUUAGUUUUCUGGAUGCGACUAGGUACAUAUUUAAUUAAUUUUAGUAUGGGAUUCUUAAAUCAUUCAACGUAAUCGUAAAAUGAAGCCAAAAGAUGGGGAAAAAGAGCAGAGUUAAAACCCAGAAGUCGGGCGGUGGGGCCACGUCAGCAGUCUCCCCCAAAGAUAUGAUGAAUAUAAUCUCUGAGCUGCUGCAAAAGUGCAGCAGUCCAGCUCCAGCUCCAGGGAAGGAAUGGGAAGAGUAUGUCCAGAUUCGAUCCCUGGUAGAAAGAAUACGCAAAAAACAAAAAGGUUUGUCUGUGGUUUUUGAUGGAACAAGAGAAGAUUUUUUCCCUGAGUUAAUGGCAUGGGCUGCAGAAAACGGGGCAUCAACUGAAGGCUUUGAAAUUGCAAAUUUUCCAGAGGAAGGCUUUGGUUUAAAAGCCACCAGAGAUAUUAAGGCUGAAGAGCUGUUUCUUUGGAUUCCCAGGAAUAUGCUGAUGACUGUUGAAUCAGCAAAAAAUUCUGUCUUGGGUCUGCUUUACAGCCAGGAUCGUAUCCUGCAGGCAAUGGGGAACAUAGCCCUGGCUUUCCACUUGCUGUGUGAACGAGCUGACCCCAACUCUUUCUGGUUGCCCUAUAUUAAGACGCUGCCCAGCGAGUAUGACACACCACUGUAUUUCGAAGAGGAAGAAGUACAUUACCUACAGUCUGCCCAAGCCAUUAAUGAUGUGUACAGCCAGUACAAGAAUACGGCACGCCAGUAUGCUUAUUUUUACAAAGUUAUACAGACCCAUCCAAAUGCCAGCAAACUUCCCUUGAAGGAUGGCUUUACGUUUGACGACUACAGAUGGGCUGUCUCUUCAGUAAUGACUCGUCAGAACCAGAUCCCAACAGAGGAUGGGAACCGUGUUACUCUGGCCUUGAUCCCACUCUGGGAUAUGUGCAAUCACACGAACGGACUGAUUACCACUGGUUACAACUUGGAAGAUGAUAGAUGUGAAUGUGUUGCCUUGCAAGACUACAAGGCUGAUGAGCAGAUCUACAUUUUCUAUGGCACUCGGUCCAAUGCUGAGUUUGUUAUCCAUAAUGGUUUCUUUUUUGAUAAAAACUCUCAUGAUCGGGUGAAAGUAAAACUAGGAGUGAGUAAAAGUGAGAGGCUGUAUGCCAUGAAGGCUGAAGUCCUGGCCCGUGCUGGCAUCCCAUCGUCUAGUAUCUUUGCACUGCAUUGCAGUGAACCUCCAAUUUCAGCCCAGCUUUUGGCCUUCCUUCAAGUUUUCUGCAUGAGUGAAGAUGAACUCAAGGAGUAUCUGGUUGGUGAACAUGCUAUUGAUAAAAUCUUCACACUUGGUAAUGCCGAAUUUCCAGUAAGCUGGGACAAUGAAAUAAAACUCUGGACUUUUCUGGAAACCAGGGCUGCCCUGCUUUUGAAAACCUAUAAAACAACCUCGGAGGCCGAUAGGUCAUUGUUGGAAAAACCAGACCUCUCAUUUCAUUUCAAGAUAGCAAUUAAGUUACGUUUGGCCGAAAAGGAGAUAUUAGAGAAAGUUGUGGCAUGUAGUCAGGCCAAGAGGGAGUAUUUUCAAAAGAAGCUGGAGGAAGGGGCCCCUCUUCCUAAAUAUGAAGAGAGCAACAUCUCCAUGUUGGAGAACUCUGUUUCAGACUCCAAACUCCCAAUCAUCCUAGGGAAACUGGAAGAGGCAGACGAAGCAGGGGAGCAGGAAUUAAAGAUGCCUGACACUCUUUCAGAAGUAAAAGCUGGAGGAGGUGAUCUCGUGAACGGGGACAGCAAGCAGCUCAAUGGCACCAACACAGAAAAUGAAGAAACCCUACAUAGAGAAGAAAAUGCCAUGAAGACUGACGAUGCCAAAGAAAAUGUGGAAGAAACCACUGAGUGCAACAAGGCAGCAGCAGGACAAUCUUAAACAAAAAAAUAUAGUAUUUCAUUUUUCUAGUGACUACAAAAUGUAAAAUGGCAGAACUUUAUGAACAGUAUAAAUAUCAUAUGUGGCUCUUAGUUAUGUCUGUCUGCAUCAGAGAAAUGUACAAGAAAUAGUGCUGCUUGUAAAUCUUUAUGAAAAAAAAAGAGUUUUAAAUUUGAAAUUUUUAAACUUGGUGGUGUUGUUUUAAAAAGAAUGUGCUGCACUGUUCUAUGAUGUUCUUAUUAACAUCCUUAGUUUAACCUAUUUUGGCCCUGAGAUUCCAGCUGAAUUAUAAUGCAGUACAUACAAGCUUCCUACUAGUUUGACAGCAUGCAAAGACUUUCACAAUAAAUUAUGCAAACAAACCUCCCCAGAAAAGGGCAUAAGUCCAACAGCGUAGUCAAAUAAGGUAGUUCCUUUUCUUGAGGUGUUAAUUCUAAUUCAACAGUUUUCAGUCUCCCCAAAAUAAUUGAGUGAAGUUUCAUUACAUAUUAAGAUUUUUGUACCAUUAGCCACCUAUUUCAUUUCAUCAUGUCACAAUGUUAGAAUUUGAAGUGAUACUUCUCAUUUAUUGAGCCAUAACAUUAGUUUACCUUUUUUUUCUUGCUGAUGGAUGAUGUCUUAAUUCCUUUGUCCUUUAGUUCAUCCAUUAAGAAUCUCACAGAGAAGCGAAGAGUAUAUCAUUUCAAUUUUAAUUACACUGUUUGUAAAAAAAAAAAAAAAGAAAUCUUUGAAUUAUCAGAAAGCUGUUUGACAAUGUGUUCAUCCAUUUGAAUAAAAAAAAAAAGUCUGCCAGCUGAACUUUUAAUAUUCAGUGUAUAUUUUGAAAGAAUGUAAGAGUUUUUAAAUGAAAAAGGAUUGUACAUAAAGAGAAAAAACUAAACCUUUAUGAAAGUUUGUCUUUAUAAAGAAAAGGUAUUUUGUUCCCUUAUUUGGAGUGGAAGAAGAACUUGUUAUACGGAAGAUAUAUUGGUUGAGAAUAACGUUGUUCAUUUUAAGAAGUCUAUUUGGAUUGACCUUUCAGGUUUUGGUGAUAAAUACAUUAUUUUUUAUUUUUUUUUGUCUUCACAACGAUAAUGUGUAAUCAGAGUUGUAUGGACAGCUCAUUAGGCCAUGCAUCAUGCAUUUUGGACAUUGCCUAUCCCCUAUUGUGCAUACUGGGGAAUACUUAUUUGUUCCUACAGGCUUCCUUCAAUGUAUAAUAGCAUUCAUCUCAUACAUUCCUUUUAUUAGGUUUAUUUCUGCACUAUAGUUUCCUUCUAACAUGGUGUACCCCAUGCAUGUGAUUUGUAAGUGUUACAUUUAGUCCAUAAUAUUUGAAAGCUUUAACACCUGGACACUAUCACCACUGUGCUGUUUUCUGAGUGUUUUAGUUCAACUACAGUAUUUCUUAAUAUGUAUUUGUCUUGAACAAGAAGAUAAGCAGUUUUCUCUUGUGUCUUUCUAGCCUGUUUAGUGGUAUUACAGAAGUGCAAUUGUUGCUUGGAUAGAUUUUUAGUUUUGAAAGUCUUCAGUUUUAUCAACCUAAAAUGCAACAUAAUUCUUAAAAACAUAAAUUAUUGACAAGAUUCCAUAUCACAUAGUUCGCAUAGACAUAUUUCAUGCUUUAUAUAAAAUCUGAAUAAGUAUACAUUUAAAAAAAAAAAAAUCAACAACCUUGUCAAUACCGUACAAUUAAUUGUGCACAACUGCUUGAAGCUUACGUAGUGUUUUUAUGAGUUUUCAUGUUUAGGUGUUUGUUUCUAUAAAAGCUUAUGAUUCUUAUCUUCCUAACAACUUAA